AACAAAUAUAAGGUGUUCCGCGGUUGAUGGAAAGGAGAGAACUUGUCACAGUGGCCGUAAUAUUUGCCUCUCCCGCGCCGUUGGAGAUCACAGAUUGGGCGCCAUCGUUCCUUCCUUCUACAAGUACCUCAGCAAAAUCCGAAGCUCAUCACAGAGAACCAUGGCCGGAAAAGGGAACCCAGACGACCAACUUUUCCAGCUUCUUGCCAAUCUUCUCCACCAGGUGGAAUCACUGACCAACCAGGAAGAAGUUGAAUUGCGUACCAAGAUCGAAGCCCUCGGACUUGAAGUUACAAAAGUACCCUCGAAGUCCUUGAAGCAGCUUGAUGAACUGGAAAUUGCCAAGGAGUUGGAUAAGUUAUCUGAAAAGUUAGAUGAUGUUGAUGAAAUGAUUUCUUCAGCAAUGGCUGCAGAUCCACAGGUGCAGUCUCUGUUGAGUGACACUGCUGAUAUUUGGAUGCCAGUAAUCACUGCUUCGGCCGAUGAACGGCGAAAAUUUACAUCUUCAGUUGGAGAAAAUCCAGAAACAUAAAGAUAAUUUUGCCAGUUAGAUAUGACUUCGUUUUGUGUAUUUUAAGGGCUAAGUCGAGUCAGUUCAUUUAUCUAUCACAAUUUUGUUAUAUUCGGUAAAUAACGCGUUGAAACAAAAACUAGUAAUUUCAUUUUCAGCGCUUGGAAUGUAUUUUUCCAACAGAUGAUUUAUUAUUCCAUCUUAUCUUCUCUGUAGAAACUGUCCUUCAUUGUUGUCUAAAGAAAAAAGACAUGGAACCUUUUUAUUGAUGUAAA